AUGGCUACUGGUGGGCUUGCUAACGUACUACACACUGUACCAUGUGAUGCGCCAUGGCUUUACUACAUCGGCCUGUUUUUCUUCUUUCUCAAUCUUGUUCUGUACAUUGGUAUCUGGGCCAUGAUGCUGACACGUUUCAUCAGCUAUCCAGCAACCUUUCAUGCAUCUUUGGUGCAUCCAACUGAGAGUCUCUUCGUGCCUGCAUUUGCCGUCUCGUUUGGCACCAUUUGCAUCACGAUUAUCGAAUAUGGGGCCGACAGGACUGGGCCGUGGUUGAGUGAAGUUGUGUGGGUCCUUUUCUGGUUCAACGUGGCACUCGCGAUUACACUGUCAAUCGCAAUCUAUAUGAUCCUUUGGUCAAGUCUCACGUUCACGAUAGCACAGAUGACACCCAUCUGGAUCUUUCCAGCAUAUCCUUUGCUGAUAAUCGGGCCACAUGCUGCUAAUCUUGCGACUAAACUGCAGUCGCCCUCACGCACUCUCGAAGUCAUUGUAGGUGGGUUCACUGUGCAAGGUAUUGGAUUUUUGGUCAGCCUCACCAUCUACGCAGCAUUUGUGUAUAGGUUGAUGACGCAGAAGUUGCCUGCUGAUCCAUCGCGACCUGGAAUGUUUGUUUCCGUUGGACCAGCAGCCUUCACGUGUAGUGGAACAAUAGGUAUGGCCGCAAAUCUUGCCAAGGCCAUUGCUACAAACCAAGACGUGUUUAUGGAAAUGCCUGCAAUACUCGCCGCGCAGGUCCUGAGACUCGUUGGAAAUUGGAUGUGUCUCUGGCUGUGGGGCCUGGCUCUCUGGUUCUUCUUUGUUAGUGCUAUCAGCAACAUUGCACCUCUAUACACUCGCCACAAUCACCGGCAGGGCGACCUGGAGAAGGAUGCGCGUGCUCUCCACAAGAUAGACAUUCAGAAGAAGAAGAUACCAUUUGCAAUGACAUGGUACAGCUACAUCUUUCCCCAAACCGCCUUAACCACCGCUACUUUCAGAAUAGCCGACGCAUUUGGAAUCCGUCCACUGGAGAUAAUCGGAUGUGUUAUGGCUGGUUUGCUGGUUGCGAUGUGGAUUUUUGUCGUCACCAUGAUGAUACGAGCUGUGCACCAGAAGCAGAUUUUGUGGCCUGAGGUUGGCGAGGAUAGGGAGGAAGGUGGUUUUCAAAGGCAGGCUAAUGCGCAGAGAGUAUCAAAGGCCACUCAUGGCAACGAGCAACCGACUGAAGACCGCAACAUACUUUCAAGAGCAGCGGACACGGAUUGA